GCUCAUUCCUCUUUUUUCCUUUCUUUUUGUCUUCCUUGGUUACUUCUUCCAUUAUCGGUCACCAUGUUACAAGCACUAGGAGGCCCCGUGCCCCCGAAUACCGACCAUGCUGUUAGUGUAUCGCUUCCCACAUGGAGGGCCAACGUCGGGUACGAGGAGGGAGAAGAUUGGGUUAUCAGCAAGAUGCAAUGCGGCUACCCCCGGUUCUUCGUCCACCCUGUCAUUCAGAAGCUUGCGCGGGAGAUAGUCUCUCGGUUUGGAGACUCGGAGCAAGAAGCUGCAACUCUAUUUGCAUCGAUCAAGACCGCGCGCAUCUGCCACUCGUUCAUCGUGUCCAAAAUCCCCGUCGAGCAAUCUCAGAAAGUUCGCAUUGUGAACUUUAUCCCGUCCCCACAUACCGAAGCCGGAUCAACUGCGAUCACAUCCACCUUGUCGGCCGUGAUUUAUCCCACAGAAUUCGCACCCAUUGCCAAGCAGGUGUGGCAACAUUCCGGUAACGGUAUCUCCAGUCGCCGGGGUGAGUUUUGUCUUCGUGCUUUGCAGGAUGGGUUUUUGGUGGAGGACAAAGGCUCUGGGGCUUCAGAGUCAAUCCAGCGACCUUGCAAAGGCCCUAGAAGAUAUCAAGGAAGAGGCUCCUUGAGCGGGGUCGCGCGGACUCCCUCUACACCCUCGUCGUCAGCAGGUACACCCUCGGCGACGGCCAAUGGCGUUGAGGACGGCCGGGACUAUUCCCAGUUCAUUGAGGAGCGCUUCGGCCGGAAUCUCAGCACCUUGCAUGCAAAUCAGGCCAAAGAUGCGGUACGGAGGCGGAUCGCUGGUGUUCUGACGGCCGAUGUCGAGUUGCCCGAGGCCCUUGAAACGGCCUCGUCGGAAGGCCGAGUUGCUGGAAUCUCGGAGGAUGAUGUCCUUUUGUAUCCUUCUGGCAUGAGCGCAAUUUUCAACUCACACCAGACUUUGAUGAAUGCACGGGGCCCCAUGAAGAGCAUCUGCUUUGGGUUUCCGUAUACCGAUACGCUGAAAAUCCUCCAGAAGUGGGGACCAGGGUGCUUGUUCUAUGGCCACGGAUCAUCUGAGGAUCUGGAUGACCUGGAAUCUCGGCUGAAGAAUGGCGAACGGUUCCUUAGUCUUUUCACUGAAGCUCCCGGCAACCCUCUUCUCCGGACCCCGGAUCUUGUGCGGAUACGAGCGCUAGCCGACCAAUAUGAUUUUGCCGUGGUGGUAGAUGAGACCAUCAGCAACUUCCUCAAUAUUAAUGUACUCCGCUAUGCCGAUAUCGUCGUCAGCAGCUUGACAAAGAUCUUCAGCGGAGACAGCAACGUCAUGGGUGGAAGUGCAGUGCUCAACCCGCAUGAGCAGUACUACCGGCAUUUGAAAGAAAUCUUCAAUCGGGACUUCGAAGACAUCUACUGGGCAGAGGACGCUGUCUUCCUAGAACGCAAUAGUCGUGAUUUUGUGUCGCGAAUUGACAAGAUCAACUCCACCUCAGAGGAGAUCACGGCGAUGCUAAAGGCUUCUCCAUUGAUCAAGGAUGUCCAUUACCCCAAGUACAGCCCCACGCGCCCCUUGUACGAUAGUCUUCGCAACCCCAACGGCGGUUAUGGUGGUCUGUUUUCUGUCACCUUUUACUCGACCGAAGAAGCCAUUGCAUUCUAUGAUACCCUUGAGGUCCUGAAGGGCCCUAGUCUCGGCACUAACUUCACACUCAGUUCUCCCUAUGUCCUUUUAGCUCAUUACGGUGAGCUUGACUGGGCGAGAUCCUUUAACGUUGAUCCAGACCUCGUUCGAAUUAGUGCCGGACUGGAAGACGUGUCAGAUUUGCGCUCCAGAUUUGAACGGGCCCUGGAUGCAGUGGAAAAAGCCAGGAAGUAA